AGGAGAGGGAGCAAUGAGCUUUCGUUUUUCAGAUAAAACGCAUGAAUUUUAGCUUACAGUCAUGCUUGAAUAUUUUGGGAAUAUUUCUAUGAGAAUAUUGUCUCGGGUGGUGGAUUGUACCAUUAUUAUGAAAACUAUUUCGAUGGAAACUAAUGAAUUAUAACAGCCCAGGGAUGACAAAGAGAACGGGAUAUCGAGAUUGGCGAUGGCACGCUCUUUGGUGGCAUCAUAUCUUCCUCUUGUGGAGUACAAUAGACGGACAGACUCGAUACACCAUCCCGGAGGAACUGAAACAGGGUUCUGUGGUAGGAAAUCUAGCCAAAGAUCUGGGUUUGGGACUAUCAGAGAUUUUUGAUCGUAAACUGCGUGUCGCCUCUGAGGCUGGUAAGCAGUAUUUCAGUGUGGAUGCGGGGAAGGGCGAGCUGGUGGUGAAUGAGAGAAUAGACAGAGAGACUUUGUGUGGACAAAGAGUCAGCUGUGUUCUACCUCUGCAGGUUGUCAUUGAAGACCCGUUACAACUUUAUCGUGUUGAAGUUGAAAUACAAGACAUCAAUGACAAUUCUCCUAGGUUCCCAUCAAACGAUGUCACAUUAGAGAUUGCGGAAUCUACGGCGUUAGGGGUACGUUUUCCAUUAGAAAGCGCAUUAGAUCCCGAUGUUGGUAGUAAUUCACUUAAAUCAUAUACUCUCGGAAAAGACGAAUAUUUUAAUAUUAAGGUUAAAGAAGUUGCAGGUGGAAGGAAAGUUCCGGAAUUGAUUUUAGUGAAACUCUUAGACAGAGAGAAAAAAACUGUACACAAACUUUUAUUGACAGCACUAGAUGGGGGAAGCCCUGUGAGGUCAGGGACCUCUCAAAUUUCUAUUAAAGUUCUUGAUAAUAAUGAUAAUGUCCCCGUUUUUGAAAAAAACGUAUAUAAAGUCUCCAUCAGUGAAGACAGUGAGGAAGGUGCAUUAAUAGUGCAAACUAAAGCCACAGACAUUGACGAUGGACAAAAUGGCGAUUUAGAGUAUUCCUUUGGUGUGCAUACACCAGAUAGUAUUCUCUCUUUAUUUAGCAUUGAUCAAGUAUCUGGAAAAAUAUUUGUUAAAGGAAAAAUAGAUUUCGAAGCUAGUGCAAAUUAUGAAAUAGACGUGAGUGCAAAGGAUAAAGGUAGUCCUAGAAUGGAGGGACACUGUAGCGUACAUGUUGAAAUUUUAGAUGUUAACGAUAAUGUUCCCGAAAUUAUACUGACCUCACAACCAAAGCCAGUGCGUGAAGACUCGUCUGGUGGCACUGUGGUGGCUUUACUCAGUGUCCGAGACCUUGACUCCGGUGAUAACGGUAAAUUGACGUUAGAACUCCCCAAAGGCUCUCCUUUCACUUUGAAAUCUUCCUUUUCAAAUAAUUACGCACUGGUUACUAGCGGUGUUUUAGACCGAGAGAGCUUUUCAGAAUAUAAUAUCGAGAUAACAGCCACUGAUUCCGGCUCUCCUCCCCUGACUACUAAAAAAUCUAUACCUGUCACCAUCACUGAUGUGAAUGACAACCCUCCUAUUUUCACUCAGUCGUCGUAUAAUGUGUAUUUAAAAGAGAAUGGUUUGCCAGGCUCAAUUCUUUAUUCGGUAUCAGCAUCUGACCUGGAUUUAGGUGAAAACGCCAAGAUUUCCUACUCCAUCUUGGACUCUAAAGCACAGGGAGUGUCUGUGUCCUCUUACGUCUACAUCAACUCUGAUAAUGGCAGCAUCUACAGCAUGCACUCGUUUGACUAUGAGAAACUGAAGGUGUUUCAGAUUCAGGUGCAGGCAAAAGACCAGGGCUCUCCGUCUCUGAGCAGCAACGCCACUGUCCAUGUUUUUAUCCUGGACCAGAACGACAAUGCCCCCACUGUCAUUUACCCCUCCUCCGCUGUUCUGGGCUCCCUCUCUCACCAGAGGAUGCCCCGCUCCGCUAAAGCGGGACACCUGGUUACCAAGGUGACUGCCGUGGACGCCGACUCGGGCCAUAACGCCUGGAUCUCCUAUAAGCUGGCGGAGGCCACAGACGCCUCUCUGUUCACUGUCAAUCUUUACACGGGGGAGGUGAGGACUAAACGCGCCGUCUCUGAGCAGGACGACUCCUCUCAGAGGCUGCUUAUAGAGAUCAAGGACGACGGGGAACCGGUUCAGUCCGCCACGGUCACGGUGUCCGUCCUGCUAGAGGACGGCCUCCAUGAACCCAUCUUGGACCUCCGACAGAAAACGGCCGAGCCCAGCAAGAAAAACGGCAGAAUCACCCUUUAUUUGAUUCUCUCUCUGGCCUCGGUGUCCGUGCUGUCUCUGGUGACUUUUCUCAUCUUAGCUGUCAAGUGCAUCAGGAACAGCAGAAGCAGCGGCUGUUGCUGCAUGAGACGGAGCGACUGUGACGACUACAAGAACCCCAACAGAAACCUGCAGAUUCAGCUCAACACUGACGGACCUAUUAAGUACGUGGAGGUCCUGGGAGGAGACAUGUUGUCUCAGAGUCAGUCCUUCAGGUCCUGUAUGUCUCCCAUGUCAGAGUACAGUGACUUCACCUUCGUUAAACCCAGCAGCACCUCUGACUUUAAGGAGAUGAUCAGUGUCCUGGAUGCGUCAUUACCCGACAGCACCUGGACCUUUGAGAGUCAGCAGGUGAGCGAUGACGGUGUGUCUCAUUAG